AUGAAGGGAAGAUCAGAAGGAGGGCAAAAGAAAAAAGUGAUCGCUUUGGUCUGCGUUGUAGCGUUAGUCCUUGUUUGCGUUUAUCUCUUCUACGGAUCCUCUGAUCACAGAGCAUCAGCUAUUGAAUAUGGGAGAAAACUAGGGUUAGGUGGUGGUGAUGAAGAUGAGACCAAACAGGAUGAUAGUUCCAGUUCCUUUGGUCUCGAUGAUGGUUUCACUCCGAGAAGCUUUCCUGUGUGUGAUGAUAAGCAUUCAGAGCUUAUUCCUUGCUUAGACAGGAAUCUCAUAUACCAAAUGAGACUGAAGCUUGAUUUGUCUUUAAUGGAGCAUUAUGAACGACAUUGUCCUCCUUCUGAAAGACGUUUCAAUUGCUUGAUUCCUCCUCCUAAUGGAUAUAAGGUUCCAAUUAAAUGGCCCAAAAGCAGAGACGAAGUGUGGAAAGUGAACAUACCUCAUACUCAUCUUGCACAUGAGAAGUCUGACCAAAACUGGAUGGUUGUUAAAGGAGACAAAAUCAAUUUCCCUGGUGGUGGCACACAUUUUCACUACGGUGCUGAUAAGUACAUUGCAUCAAUGGCAAAUAUGCUUAACUUUCCCAACAACGUUUUCAACAACGGUGGGAAGCUAAGGACGGUUUUCGAUGUUGGUUGUGGUGUUGCUAGCUUCGGAGGUUAUCUUCUAUCUUCUGAUAUCUUGACAAUGUCAUUGGCUCCUAAUGAUGUGCAUCAGAACCAAAUCCAGUUCGCUCUCGAAAGAGGCAUUCCUGCUUCCCUCGGUGUUUUAGGGACAAAGAGGCUCCCUUACCCGAGCAGGUCUUUCGAGCUUGCUCACUGUUCUCGUUGCAGAAUCGAUUGGCUUCAACGAGACGGUAUCCUUCUCCUCGAGCUAGACAGAGUGCUUAGACCCGGUGGCUACUUUGCGUAUUCAUCUCCUGAGGCGUAUGCGCAAGACGAAGAGGAUCUUAGGAUCUGGAGGGAGAUGAGUGCUCUUGUGGAGCGUAUGUGUUGGAAGAUAGCUGCUAAAAGGAACCAAACUGACGGUCCUAACACGCUUAAACUGAUAUACGACAGAGGUUUAAUGGGCGCGGUUCAUAGCUGGUGUGAAGCAUUCUCGACAUAUCCAAGAACCUAUGAUCUUCUCCAUGGUUGGGACAUUAUAUCUGAUAUCAAGAAGAAAGGGUGUAGUGAGGUUGAUUUGUUACUUGAGAUGGAUCGGAUAUUGCGCCCGAGCGGGUUUAUAAUCAUAAGGGAUAAACAGAGAGCGGUGGAUUUGGUGAAGAAGUAUCUAAAGGCAUUGCAUUGGGAGGAAGUAGGGACAAAGAUAGAUUCAGAUUCAGAUCAAGAUUCAGACAACGUUGUGUUAGUUGUUCAGAAGAAGCUGUGGUUGACUAGUGAGAGCCUUAGAGAUAUGGAGUGA